GGAGCAUACUUUGACAUAGAAGGCCAUCACCGAAGUUUUGCAGCAAAUAUCGUCGGUCGUGAGUCGUGCAGUCGGAUACGCGAAGAAGAAUCACAAUCUUCCCUUAACGGGAAGUUACCGCCUACGGACAAAUUGUAGCUACCAUUCACCCGGGUCAUCAUUUGCCCUCUGCCGAUCCCAUAUCACGUACCGGAAUUGCAAAACCAGCACGAUGGCACAUAUAUCCACCACCGAAAAGCCGCAGAUGCAGCAAAUCGAUCUCAACACGCUCAAUCUGCAGCAGCUGACCCAGCUGAAGAAUCAACUAGACCAGGAGCUUUCCUUCUUUCAAGAAUCGUUGAACAAUAUCAAGAUGGCAAGAUCGAAAUACUCCGCAUCCAAGGAAGCGCUGGAACAGAUCAAGGAGGACUGGAACGAUAAGCAAAUUCUCGUACCGCUGACGGGGAGCAUGUACGUGCCCGGUACGAUAAAGGAUGCGAAUAAUGUCGUGGUUGAAAUUGGCACCGGUUACUACGUAGAGAAUGAUCUGGAAAGCGCGAAAGCCUUCUUCAAACGGCGUGUCGAAUACGUGCAGGAGCAGCUUGAAAAGAUCGAAACGAUCGGUAUGGAAAAGUCCAAAAUACGUGAUACCAUUCGCGAGGUGAUGGAGAAGAAACUGGCGCUGUAUAGCAAAGAGCUGCAAAAGAAGCGCGAAGGCGAAUAGUCAUCGUCAUCGGCAGUCGUCGAUCGAGAACCGGUCGUGUUCAGUUUUGUCCGUGUCGCAGAGGAUUUCGAAAUCAAAAGCAUAACCGAUCAACAGCAGCGCUCUACUCAUGUAAGCAAAACCAAAGCCCGAUGGUUUAUUAUUUACUUCUGUUUCUUUUUCCACUGAUUCAUUUCCUUCGUUCGGGUACCUUCAUUCAACAAAUCUUUACACCGCGCCUUAGUUAAGCGUUGGAAUCCGACGCUGCAUUUACGCAAUAAUAAAUUAACCAAACGAAACGAAA